CUAUGGUCGUUCUUUUCUCGACCUAUCGACUUCCAAACUGGGAGCUCGCAAACUAAAAAUACUAACCCUAAAUUUCUUUCUCCCCAAAUUGGUUAAUUAGUCAUUUCUCACCUUAUCCCAGCAUCUUAGAGAGUCAGCUGAAUCCUAACUAACAAAUUAGAACUUUCAGUUCGGAUUCGGAUAAAUUAAAGGAAUAGGCAUAGUGAAGAUUUAACCUAAGCUAGGGCUCAAGAGGAAAUGGCACACCGAUUGUUAAGAGAUCUUGAGGCAGAUGGUUGGGAGCGUUCUGAUUUUCCUAUCAUCUGUGAGUCUUGCCUUGGUGACAAUCCUUAUGUUCGUAUGACUAGAGCUGAAUUUGAUAAGGAAUGCAAGAUAUGUACGCGGCCAUUUACAGUUUUUAGGUGGAGGCCUGGUCGGGAUGCAAGAUUUAAGAAGUCUGAGAUUUGCCAAACUUGCAGCAAGUUGAAAAAUGUUUGUCAAGUCUGUCUUUUGGAUCUAGAAUAUGGGUUGCCAGUUCAGGUUCGAGAUACUGCUCUCAGUAUCAAUUCCAAUGAUGCCAUUCCAAAGAGUGAUGUCAACAGGGAGUACUUUGCUGAGGAGCAUGACCGCAGGGCCAGAGCUGGUAUAGAUUAUGAAUCUUCAUAUGGAAAGGUCCGGCCAAAUGACACUAUUCUAAAGCUUCAAAGGACAACACCAUACUACAAAAGGAACCGAGCACAUGUUUGUAGUUUCUACGUACGCGGUGAAUGCACACGAGGUGCCGAGUGUCCUUAUAGGCAUGAGAUGCCCGUAACUGGGGAGUUAUCACAGCAAAACAUAAAAGAUCGUUAUUAUGGAGUGAAUGACCCAGUGGCACUGAAGCUACUUAACAAGGCUGGUGAAAUGCCCUCCCUGGAACCGCCUGAGGAUGAAAGCAUUAAAACCCUCUAUGUGGGUGGGCUUGAUGCAAGGAUUACGGAGCAGGAUCUGAGGGAUAACUUUUAUGCUCAUGGUGAGAUCGAGUCCAUUAAAAUGGUGCCUCAGCGAGCAAUUGCAUUUGUGACGUACACAACCAGAGAAGGUGCAGAGAAGGCUGCAGAAGAGCUCUCCAAUAAGUUAGUUAUCAAGGGUCUGAGGCUGAAGCUGAUGUGGGGAAGACCCCAAGCACCAAAACCUGAGUCUGAAGCUUCAGAAGAAGCAAGGCAACAGGCAUCGAUGGCUCAUGGUGGGAUGUUGCCUCGGGCAGUUAUAUCUCAGCAGCAGAAUCAAUUACACCCUCCUGGAACUCAGGUCCAACCUCCAUCAAUGCAUUACUUCAAUAUUCCACCCCCACCUCAUCAGGAAAGAACCUUUUAUCCAUCAAUGGAUCCUCAAAGAAUGGGAGCCCUUCCUCCAUCCCAAGAUGGGGGGCCAACGGGAUCUGGGGAGAAUAAAAACACACUGGAGAGGCAGCAAGGGCAGCACUAUCCUUAUCAGGGUAUGCCACUGCCACACGGGCAAUAUCACCAACAACUUUAUCCUUCAUAUGGGUAUGUGCCGCUGAUGCCACCUUAUCAGCAGUAUCCUCCACCAUCAUCAUCAUAUCACUCAGCUGUUCCCCCGCCACAGGCUCCACAAGCCACACAGCAGCACCAGCAUUCUGUCCCUCCACCAAGGACUGCACCUCCAGCAUCCGCAAGCUCUGGACCCCCACCUGCAGGGUCUGGAGCAUCAACUUCAUCAAACCCAUGAAGCUUGAUAUUGAUUAAAUGAUGAUGUGUAUUUGGGCAAGUUCUCACAUUAUUCACUUGCUUUUUUGGAUUGAAAUGUCUCAUCGCUUCUAGUUUUGGUUGUACUAGAAUUAAACAUGCACCAUAAUACUAGUUCUUUCUUAGUGCGGCGCUUCUAUGUGUGAAGUUAAAUCAAUCUAUACAAUCAGAAUGCUUUGAAGUGUUGCUAUCAAUAA